AUGUUCAGACUUGCAGCCUCCUCUGGCACUAAAGCUACUGACCAGAAGAGGACCAGAAGAGAGGACCAGGAGAGGAUCAGGAGAGAGGACCAGGAGAGGAUCAGGAGAGAGGACCAGGAGAGGAUCAGGAGAGAGGACCAGGAGAGGACCAGAAGAGAGGACCAGGAGAGGAUCAGGAGAGAGGACCAGAAGAGGACCAGAAGAGAGGACCAGGAGAGGAUCAGGAGAGAGGACCAGGAGAGGAUCAGGAAAGAGGACCAGGAGAGGACCAGGAGAGAGGAGCAGUAG